AUGUCUUCGGCCCUCAACGCGAUGAAGAUCCGUCGCAAGAAGAAUGUCAAGAAGGGUAUUCAGUUCUGUGUGAUGGUCUGCGGUGCCAGCGGAACGGGACGCACAACUUUUGUCAACACCCUCUGCGGAAAGCAAGUGCUAGAGGGCAAGGACGCUGAUGAUCCAGAGCACGCCCACGAAGAGGAGGGUGUGCGCAUCAAGCCCGUCACCGUCGAGCUUGAGCUGGAUGAGGAGGGAACCCGCAUCUCCCUGACUAUCGUUGAUACCCCCGGUUUCGGUGACCAGAUUGACAAUGAGGCCAGCUUCGGCGAGAUUGUCGGCUACCUCGAGCGCCAAUAUGAUGACAUCCUUGCUGAGGAGUCCCGAAUCAAGCGUAACCCUCGCUUCAGAGACAACCGUGUCCACGUCCUCCUUUAUUUCAUCACACCCACCGGUCACGGUCUCCGUGAACUCGAUAUCGAACUUAUGAAGCGUCUGUCCCCGCGUGUCAACGUCAUCCCCGUUAUUGGAAAGGCCGACUCCCUCACCCCCGCAGAAUUGGCCGAGUCCAAGAAGUUGAUCAUGGAAGAUAUUGAGCACUACCGCAUCCCCGUCUACAACUUCCCCUACGAUGUUGAGGAGGACGAUGAGGAUACCGUUGAAGAGAACGCCGAGCUCCGUGGACUGAUGCCCUUCGCCAUUGUUGGCUCUGAGGACUUCGUUGAGAUUGAUAACAAGAAAGUGCGCGCCCGCCAGUACCCAUGGGGUGUGGUCGAGGUUGAGAACCCCCGACACUCCGACUUCCUCGCCAUUCGCAGCGCCCUGCUCCACAGCCAUCUUGCAGAUCUGAAGGAGAUCACCCACGACUUCCUUUACGAGAACUACCGUACCGAGAAGCUCAGUAAGAGCGUGGACGGUGCCGAUUCAGGUGGCGACUCCAGCAUGAACCCCGGCGAUCUCGCCUCUCAGUCCGUCCGCCUCAAGGAGGAGCAACUCCGCCGCGAGGAGGAGAAGCUGCGCGAGAUCGAGAUCAAGGUGCAGCGCGAGAUUGCCGAGAAGCGGCAGGAGCUGCUGGCCCGCGAGAGCCAGCUCAGAGAGAUCGAGGCUCGUAUGGCACGCGAGGCCAGCCAGAGCAAUGUCAGCGAGGCCACUGGCGGAGAGGCUUAG